AUCGCGUGCAGAUGGAAUAAUUAACGACUCCAUGGUGUUCAACAGAGUGGAACGUAUCGACCAAAUAUCGGCUCGUGGAACUUUAGUUUGCGAAUACUUCACCGGGCAUAACGUUGAAGAGCAUCCUCGAGUCAUUAUCUAGAGGCAAGUGCUCGACUUAGAGUGGGUCUCCGGCUUCAUUUCAGUGAAAGUAGUUCAGCCUGGUUGCAUCUUAAAAUUCUACCAACUCCUAUUUUAUCGGGAUGGAGAGUACGGAAGUAGUCGAGCAAAACGACUCGUCGAACGAUGCGAAUGAAUCGGAUUUAAAUAGCGUACGAAGUGAAGUAUCGUCUGCAUCGAUUUACGGAAAGGGCUUAGAGCCACCAAUACUAGGUAGCUCUUAUCGAGCUCCGGAUAUACUGAAAAAAUAUAUCGAGCCGAUAGUUCUUGAUACGUCACUGCCUUACAUUCCUAUUUACACGCAUCUGAAAACUCACGAUUUAAAACCCAUCGAAAGACCCCUGACACCACCUAUACUCUCCGAAUUGCGAUCGAAAUGCCAAAAUGAUGCUGAAUCAUGCAAAUCUUCUAGAGCUUCACUGUCAACCGGAACAAUGAGUAAAGGGAUGAAAGCGACGAAAGAACUUUAA